CGCACGCGCAGUAGGCCACCCGCGCUCCCACUCGCUCUCCCAAUGCUGCCCUGACUUUCCCCUCAACUUCGCGAGGAGAGGGAGAGGCGGCCGGACCUUUACCCCCCCCCCGAAGCCGCCCGCUGCUCCUUUCCCCUCAUGGCGGAGUCCGGGGCCGAGCCGGUUCUCGGCCCAGCCGACGGGGAGGCGGCGGAGGAGGAAGAGGCUGACGACGAGGAGCUGCUCCAGCUGGGGACGGAGGCGGCGGCGGCGCCCGGCAGCCGGGCCGCCAGGGGGGCUCCGGGAGGCGCCGUCAGGGUCAGCCUCGGCGGCGGCUCGGCUGGGCCGCAGCUGGACUACGAGGGAAGAGCCGGCGACGCGGAGGGCGACGGGAGCGACGACGACGACGACGAAGAAGAGGAGCCUCUGCUGGGCUCGGGCCGGAGGGGCGGCCGCCGCCGCAGCGCCACAGGUCAGAGCGCGCCCGGGUUCUGCCCCGGUUUGUUUGCUCGUUUCCACGCACAUACAGGAAAUGUUGGAAGUAUUGCAGAAAUGAACUUCUUCUUGGAUGAUCCAGAAUUUGCUGAAAUCAUGCAGCAAGCAGAACAAGCCAUAGAAAGUGGAGUCUUUCCGGAAAGAAUCUCACAGGGAUCCAGUGGGAGCUACUUCGUCCAAAGAUCCUAAGAGAGUGAGUGCAUUGUUUCCCAUACCUGAUUAGUAAAAAAACAAAAGGUGGAAUGCUGAACUAAUGGGCAAAGUUAAGUACGCAUUGUCAUAUUGGGGCUUGUUUUGUUAAUCCCACACUACGGUUUCUGCAGAUGAAAUGAAGAGCCUGGAAAAAAAUACCCCCCCCCCCCAAAUGAUCAUAUUAAAAUGAUGGUAAAGGGUCAAAAAACACUUGCUUGCUUUUAUAACCUAAGAUCUUAAAGACAAAGGAAACAAGUUGCAUAUGAAAUUCCUAUGGUCUUUGGUUAAUACAAUAAAUUUUGGUAUAUUAACUAGACUUCAGGAAGAUUUCAUCCAGCAUGGCAUCCUUGAGAAGGAGUUUGAAAAAUGUGGACCAGAGAGUGGCAGAAAAUAUUUAUUUCUUGCCAUAGUCUCGUGGUCUCUUCAACUUCAGUGAAGAAAUUGGGCUUGAGUAAUGGACUAGAAGAAUUCAAGUAAAACAGCUUUAACAUGAAAUCUGUUGUGUUGCAGCAUUGUAUUUCAAACCAGUUUCCGUGACGUUUCUCAUUACUACCUGUGGCAAUAAGCAAAUCUUUGCCUCUUUCUCAACUCAUUUGUAUUCACAUGCAAUAUCUUAAGUGAGAGGUCUGCAACAGCUAUAUUGCCAAAAGUAUGUUCCAGAAUACAUCAGGAGUGCCAGGGUGUAGUUGUAAACUCAUGUGGCUUGUGUCCUUGUUUAGGGAUAGUUUGGAGAAUUGUGUUGGUGAGCAGCAGGUUUAGGUUAUAAAUCCUAACUCCACUCUACCUGGGAGUAUACCCCAUUUAAUUCAGCAGGACUUCUUGAGUUCAGGCAACUUUUGACUGUUCUGAAAAGCAUUUGAUAUAUUUAUAUAUGGACAUCAAAUUAACAUCAAAUGUUCCUGCAUU